GUUAAUCGCCAUGCUCAGAGCCGCCGCCACUGUCGCCUGCAUUGCCAGCGCCGCCGCCUUCUCCACCCCAGCGCUGUCUGGACUCCGCAUGUCCAUGGACAGGCGCGAUGUGAUCAAGGCUGGAUCCGCCGCUGCUGCUGUCGCUCCCUUCGUUGGAGCCAAGGCUGCCGGCGCUGCCUCCAAGACCAUGCCAGCUGACGGAUAUGCUCCCGUGAUCACCGUCUUCGAUCACCGUGGCUGCACUCGUGCCCCCAAGGAAUACAACGGCCCCAAGUCCAACGACAUGGAGGAUGGCAUGUUGGUCAAGGUCGAGAGCAUCAAGUGCAAGGUUACCGAGUCCUACGCUGCCUCUCUCCUCCAGGAGCAGCUCGGAUACAUCAACGACAAGGCCUAAAUAGAUGUCUUCCAUACGAAAUAAAUCUCCAAAGUCAGC